GUGAUGGACUCACAUUUGCUGUCUCCGCUCUCUCUCAGAUUCUAUUUGUUUGGUAGCAUUUCGUCCGUCGUUUUCCUAACUUUCAUUUACAAAAGUCACCUGACAUUCCUCUUGUGCCUAUGGUCCAUGGUUAUCGGUUCAAUGAUGGGAUAUCUGGUUUUGAGUACGUGGCCGAUGGUUCCUAGUCUGCUGCUGUUUACCAAACGGAAACCUGCAAUUCGAAAAGAGCCUGUUAGCAGCGGCUGUGGAAUAUGUGGCAAUGAAAACUGUCAGAGACAUAGACGAGAUGUAACCAAUGCCAGUCCUGAGCCAUGGAAUAAAGUACUGAUUCCAGAGAGUGUAGAUAAAGCCAUCGCUGAGUUUUUUGAACUUGUUUUACGAGACUUUGUGUAUGUUUGGUAUCGUGAUCUUACCACCAAUGAAGCUGUUGUUGAUGAAAUCAGAUCCAGUCUUCGACACAUGGUUGCUAUUUUAGUUCAACGGGCAAGCAAAGUUGAUAUUUCACAGUUUGUUACCGGUAAACUGGCACAGGCUGGUGUAGCUCACAUACAUGUUUAUCUUCAAGCAAAGAGAAAACAUCCACAUCGACGUGAUCAAGCACUAGCUGAUGUUGUGCUUCAAGAAUAUGGUAAUCGUAUUCACCAUGCAGCUCGAGGACCACAUGCUCGCAUUCGAUAUUUACGGCAACUAGGAGAUGCACUUUUUCCAUAUCUUCUUCCUUCCACUGCACUUCGAUGCAAGAGCUUGGUUGGAUUUCUGCGUGAAUUGUGGGCACAUAAGCUACUGACGAUGGCUUGUGAUACCAUCAUCAAUCCUGAUUUUGUGAACAAGAUCAUUUUAGAACUGCUUGCUCCUGCCAAGCCAAUAGUUCCUUUGGCAAGGCCUAGUCGUUCCGUUCCAAUUAUGUCAUCAUUUGUUAGAUCAACAGUAUCUCAUUCAACACUACAGUUACCAUUAUCAGACUUGCUGACAUCUGAUGGUGCACUAUUUCCCUUUAUGCAAUUUAUGAAAACUGAGGGAACAACUGGUGUCUUACAGUUCUGUUUGGCACUGGAGGAUUUAACUCGACGGUCUGUGAGAGAUGAUUUGUCUGAUGAAGAAUGCCGGUCAUUGCUCAAUGAGGCCAAAACUUUGUAUGAGACCUACUUUGCUCCAAAUGCAUGGGACAAAAUUCUAAUGGACCAACAGAUUGUAAAUGAUCUGCAAACAGCUGUGGAAGCUUAUAAUGCUGAUAAUCCAAAGGAAGGUUUGAGAAGACUUAAACAAUCAACUCCACUAAUCAAGGCUUAUGAAUAUGUGAAUAAGCUUUUGGAGAAUACUUACAGUCCUCUUUUUCAUCACAGCGACACUUACUAUGAACAUUUGUGUGGAAGCAGGCUGCCAGCAUAUGCACCAAAAGUUUCAAUUAAAAAGAAGGAGAAAAGAAACAGGGUUCUCCAGCCUUUUAAAAGACUUCAUAGCAAGCUGAAAGACAAGCUGCAAGAUUCAAAAGAUGGCAAGGCUUUUAUCGACGUUGAUGAUGACUAUGAGCAUUGUCAAGUGCCUUCUCCUAUGCCUUCAGAUGAUGAUAUAUUAGACGAUGAUCGUGUAGAACCAAUUGAACAGUCAUCGCCGCAAGUGGACAUGAGCAAAUGGAAUGUCAAGAUCAUCAUAGCUUCCUUGGAAGGUCGUGGAACCAAUCAGUCAUUGAAAUGCUCUAUAGCCGUGGAUACUAGUGGUGUCUCAUCAGCAGAUGAAACUCACUUUCAAUGGGCAUUAUUCAGGCGUUGGAAAGAGUUUAGAUCAUUAGACAGUCAGUUGAGAUCAUUUCAUGAUCAUAUUCAGCACAUUCGUUUACCACCAAAAGGAUUUACUUUGUUAAUGUCUCGGGAAAGAGUAGACAAGAAAAAAGCAGAAUUGGAGACGUAUCUUAGAACUUUGGUUGGAGACUCAGUAUUGAAAGGAAGUCAGCUGUUGUACAGUUUUUUGACUCCGGAUACAGAAGAAUAUAACUCAAAAUUUGCUGUUCGGACUGUUGGUGAUAAAGCAGGAAAGAUGAUCAAGUCAGUGCAACAAAAGCUAAAGAAGGAGAGAGGGCAACACUUGGAGACCUUCUUGACAUCAUUUUUGCAGUCGAUUGAAACAGUCAGACCUCACCCUACUGAAGAGAUGGUUGCAGAAUGGAAUGCUGAACACGAGAAGUGCGCUAUAGCUAGAAAGCAAUAUGAGAUGGAGGUGUGCGACCCUGGACCAGUGGGUAAAAGAUAUUGGGAAGAACACAAUAAGAUGACAGACAAAAACGAUGAUGAAGAAUCCUUUCGACUGGAUGGGGUUGCUGACAUUGUGCUCUAUCUGGUUAGGGAAGUUUGGUGUGUUCCCUCAUGGCUUCAUCAUGUGCUUUAUUGUGCAAAAUUGCUCGGUCAGAAUACCUUUGAGGCUUUUCUGGACAGUUUUCUUUGCGGCAAGAUGGAUAUUAUAUUAAGAGAAGACUACCUUGUUGAUAUAAUUCAUUUACUAAGGGACACAUUGUUUUUUGACAAAGAUCCUCCAAGAACUUCUGAUCAAAUCAGAGAAAGGUCAAUAGAGACUCUGGAGGAGCUGAUCAAGUACCCGCCUCAUAUUGUGGCCAAGCUGCUAGGAGAUGAAAACUACAGGGAGGGAAUGACAACUAUAUUUGAAGCAUUGCAACAUCCAGAAUUGAAUCAACAUUUAUUCUUCAUUCUAUUAGAUAUGAUAGUCAAGGAAGUGUUUCCUGAAGUUGAUAAGGACAGUCAACAUCAGUAAGUUUGAGUCAUCUUUGCCAAGACAAGCACACUACAAGCUCUAGAAGGGUUGAAUACCGUACGACACAAUGUAUUAGGGAAAAUAGAAUACUAUAUUGUACUGAUCUAGUUUUGUAUUAAUUAUGAACAUGACUAUACAUCAUGGCUUACAGAAAGUGCAGUAGUCACUGACUGCCAAAGUGAAAAA